UUUAGCGCCUUCGGUUCGGUGCACACACACGCACACGCACACAGUACAGUAGCUAUGUGCCAUGGCUGCUGAAGGUGCACGUUGCUGUACCCAAUAAAUGAGCACAACAAGACUACGGAGGGUGUGUCCACCGUGUCAGGACGCAUUUUCUACCAGUCCUCACGAAAACACGAUCAUCGCGCAUUUUUAGAAGCGCAAAGAAAUUUUGCAUCUGGAUAUCAAAAUCAGGGCACGGGGAAUGGACAGCUAGCUAAGUUGCUAGCUAAGCGAAGACUACAAAAAACCAGGUGGAAAUGCAUUAGCGGGUUUGUGCGAGAAGACAGUUUCCUGUUUUUACUGGGAGUCCAGUUAGAAUAAUUUGUCACAUCUGGAUCGAAAUAAGACGAGAGCUGGAGAUGCAGACUUUUCUCAAAGGCAAGAGAGUGGGCUACUGGCUCAGCGAGAAGAAGAUGAAGAAGCUGAAUUUCCUGGCCUUCGCUGACUUGUGCAGAAAAAGAGGCAUAGAGGUGGUCCAGCUGGACCUCAGCCAGCCCCUGGAAGAGCAGGGUCCCCUGGAUGUCAUCAUCCACAAGCUGACCGACCUCAUCCUGGAGGCGGACCAGAACGACACGCAGUCCCUGCUGCUGGUGCAGCGCGUGCAGGACUACAUUGAGUCCCACCCCGAGACCAUUGUGCUGGACCCUCUCCCUGCCAUUCGGACCCUGCUGGACCGCUGCAAGUCCUACCAGCUGAUCCACAGGAUAGAGGACUGCAUGCAAGAUGACAGGAUCUGUUCCCCGCCCUUCCUGGUCCUGAACAGCGAGUGCGGUCCGGACACACUGGAGCAGAUCGAGGAGCACGGACUCACAUUCCCCUUCAUUUGCAAAACACGAGUAGCACAUGGAACCAACUCCCACGAGAUGGCCAUUAUCUUCAGUGAGGAGGACCUCAAGGACAUCACACCACCCUGUGUGAUCCAGAGCUUCAUCAACCACAACGCCGUGCUGUACAAGGUCUUUGUGGUGGGAGAGUCCUACACCGUGGUGGAGCGGCCCUCGCUCAAGAACUUCCCCGCUGGACCGGCUGAUAGAAAAGCCAUUUUCUUCAACAGCCACAAUGUUUCCAAGCCUGAGUCUUCCUCAGACCUGACCUCUAGGGAGAACGUGGAAGGGGUGUCUCAGCCGCCAAAUGAUGAUGUCAUCCGGGAGCUCUCCAGGUCCCUGCGACAGGCGCUCGGCGUGUCCCUGUUCGGCAUCGACGUCAUCAUCAACAACCAGAGCGGCCAGCACGCCGUCAUCGACAUCAAUGCAUUCCCAGGCUACGAGGGUGUUCCAGAGUUCUUCAAUGACCUUUUGAACCACAUCAUAAGUGUGCUGCAGGCCCAGGUGCCCGAGAGCGCCCCCUCCGGGCCACAGAAGGGCAGUGCGGCUGAACAGACUCCCAGCACCGUGGUGCCGGCUGGCGGGGAUCCCGGCUGCACCACGCCCACGGGCUGCUGUGGCAUGCUGGGAAAGGAUCCCAGCCCUUGGAUCGUGGAGGGUGACGGGAGCAAAAAGAGCCCCCAUCAGAGACUUGGCUGCAACUCGGCCGUUUCCCCAAACUUCCAGCAACACUGUGUGUCUACGAUAGCCACCAAGGCCUCCUCCCAGUGACUGCCUUUUACCCCCCCCCCCCCUCCCUCCCCGAACAAAAAAAAGAUGAUAAUGAUGAUAAUAAUAUAUCUAUAAUCAAAACAAACCUUUCCUAUGAUGGUGGUGUUCAUGAUGAUAAUGAGCUUUUGGAUUUUCUCUCUGUUUUUUCCAGUAUAAUAAGACUUACAGUACUGUAAUGUGGACUUUGGGAACUCAACUUUAUUGACGCUUUGUUAUGAUUUGUAUUAUUUUUGUAUUUUAUCAAAAUGAAAUCAUAUAAUGAGGUCCACGUGAGUGUACGAGUUGUGUAGGCUAACCACGUCAGAAUAGCGAAACGAUGCCCUAGAACACUGACCCUCACUCACACGCACUCGCACACGCACAUACGCUCACAGGUGGGCCCCUGAUUGGCAGUGUCCGCUCGCGUGGGUCAGUGAUCCCACUGAGAGGGUCGGGGUGGGGGGAAGGGGGGGGGCAACACUCCAGUGUAAACGGCCAGAACAAAGACACAUUCGCUAAGGGAGGGGCGUGUGCCGAGCUGCGCUCGGGUCAGAAAGCAGAAGGACACCGGACCUCUUGUUUCACGCAUCGCACUGCCACCUUCUCUACUUUUCUCCUGUUCUCUCUCUCUCUCUCUGUCUCCCUGCUUCUCCACUGCUGUCCCAUUCACGGUGCAUCGUACAUGUUGAUCCUCCCCAGUGCCGUAGUUGUGAUCUUGCUAUUGUACACGCGGAUGCUGAAAUCGGCGACUUGAACGCGCUUGCUGUCCAGACGGGACGGUGUUGUCUAACUUUCAACAGAUCUGUGACCUCGGGGGGUUUCUCGCUUGGCUGUGGGAAGGGUAGAUUGCUGCUUGGAGAAUGCUUGGAGAAUGGGACUUUAGCUCUUGUGGAUCGUGUGUUGGCAAGGCAUGCUGGGAUGGUGUCAGAGCAGCUGCUUCUUGGUGUAGGUGUGAAUACCCUGUAUUUUAGAAUGUUCACUUGCCAUGUGUCUCCUUGGAAACAUGCCCUAAUGCCAGUCUUCCCACCGGCAGACCUGCGGCACUGGACUAAAGCACGUAGCCUCUAAGCCUUCCGAAGAACUUCCGGAUGUUACUAUAUUUCUUCUUUUUUUUGGGUUUUAUGGAAAGCGAACAUCAGUAGCUUUUACAGGGCAGCAAAAGAAGAUCACAUUCCUUUUCGUGUUUUUCCGAGCAGAAUUCCAGCAUUUUGGGGUGCCAGACCCCCGGCAUUAUGCCAUCCACUUACGCUUACCAUAUUACUUACUGCGUCCGUGUCCCCUCUUUAACUGAAGUUAACACUUUGGGGGCUCUGUGUGUUUUCAAGCAAUCCUCGUACAAGUACUAGAAACUGUUAGCGAUAUUAUUAUUCAAAUCAUGCAAUACUAAUAAUCUAUUCACUUGAGAAAUCCCCUGAGAAAUGGGCCUUUAUAUGAAAUGCCUCCCAUGUUGUUUUGAUAAUUAUUUUUUUCAAGGACCAAGUGUACAAGUGUAAACACCCCCCCCCCCCCCCCCGCUGCGUCCGUGCCGGGAUCUGCUGGUUUCUGGCGUCCCGGUGCAGCUGCCUGGCUGUGAGCGAAACAUCAGAACAGCCACAAAAACCAAACUCCCAGUUUCAUUUCCCAGUGUUCACUGUGAGGCUCUCUUUCUGUUCCUGCUUUCUUUCACCGGAUGGAUGAAAAAUCAUUUUAUGAAAAUGACCGGCUUAUAUUUAUGUACAUACUGUAUGAGAAAGAUAGCGUGUGAGCCAGGGCCAGAGGAACAAGGAGAUUAACUCCGUCAUAGAGGCGAAAAGCGAGGUUCAGCAACGCGUAGGUGUGAAAGUUCGAGACGCUAAAGUGGCUGCCUUCGCCUGCAGGGGGCGCUGCUGUGGAGACUGGUGGCUACACAUUCCCUUAUACGGGCCGUACGGGCGUGCGCGCCUGUAGCCUGUCCCGGUGGAGGUGGUGCCAGGAAGUUGGGGAAGUGACCCCAGCCUGUAGUCUGAGGGGGAAAGGCAGCCCUGUACACUGCUUUAUGUCCUGCGUUGUGCUCUCUUCUCUCCCUCAUUGUGCUCUAAAUGAGAAAUAGUGCCACCCUGAUACUUCUCUUACCUGACAAUUUUAUUGUGCUGUCAGCUUCCACCUGAAUGUUUACUUGGAGAUGUUAUAUAUAUAUAAUUAUAGUAUAUACGUAUGUAUACAAUAUAUAUAAACACUUAUAUGUGCAUACAUACAUACUUAUGGUGUUUUUGUAUCAGUUCAGAAGUACAGAAAAGAAACAUCCACAAUUUUUGUGACCUUUUUAUAAUUAAAAUGAACCAACUGGGCUAAGAUGAAAUAAAUAGAAAAUAUGAUGGA